UAAACUAUGUUUUUAUUUAAUUUUAUCCUACUUAUUAUUUUUUGAAACUUUGGUUUGAAUUAAUUUUAAUAUUAUGAUUAAUUAAAUAUAAUUUUAAAUCAAUAUAUAAUUUAAAUUAAUAUUAAUAUAUAUUUUUUAUUAAUAUAUUACAUGCAUAUUUUUAAUUUUAAUAUUAUAUCCUUUAAUCAUUAUAUCCUUAAAUUUAAUCUUAAAGUAUUUAAAUAAUUAGAUUUUAUAUACAGAGUAUUUGAAAAAUAUUGGAAUAUUCAUAAACUACAGAGAUAAUUUCAAGCAAUAUUUUUUUUUUCUUAUAUGGUUUUGUUAAUUAUUACAAAAAAUUGAUCAAUCAUAGAACACAUAGUUUAAUUAAGUUGUAAUAAUAACGCUAACUACAUGCUGUUAAUAUAACAAAUAUUCUUUUAUAAAAAAUUAUAUUGAAUUAUAUCAUAAACAAUGAAUAAAUAAAUAAAUAUAAUAUUUAAUAUACUUUCAAAAUAUGUUAGACUCAUUCCUAUUUAUCGAUGACACAUAACUAAUACUACUGUCAUUUAAAGAGGCUACAUGCUUCGUGAUUGGCCAAUAUUUUUUUGUUAAUAAUUCAUUAAUAAAGUCGUAAGAAAAGUUUUUGCAAAGGAAAAUGUUGCUUAAAAUUACUUCAAGAAUCUCCAGUUUAUAGAUGUUCCAACAUUUCUGAUGUGUAUAUAAAUUUCUGUAUAAUUUCUACACAUUAAAAAUUAAGAUAUAUAUAAUUUAAAAAAAAAUGCUAAAAAUGUGUUUGACAUUUUAUGAUUGCGCGCCAAAAGCAAAACAGACAAAAAAAAAACAAAUGGUGGAAGAAAAAUAGAAAUCAUUUUAUUUAAUUCCAAUUAUAAAAAUCUAAUAACACAAAAAAGCAUAUAUAUGUAUAUAUGCUAUAUAUAUAUAUAUAUAUAUAUAAAAUAUCUUAUCCAUGAUUCUAUUAAAUAUUAGGUUUUAUGAUAAAAUUAAUAUUAAGACACAUGUAAUGUUUCUAUUUUAUUAUUGUUUCAUACAUGAUUUUGUAAACUCUUCUAUGUUUGCAGUAAUCAAUGCACGUAUCCAUAGUAAUAGUGGAUAUGUAUAAGAACUAAAGUAAUUAAUUGAAUUGUACUUUUAAUUUAUAACAUUUUAAUUAACAAAUUAUUUAUAAUUAAAUAGAAUAAAUAAAAAAAAUUCUAUUGAAAUGUUCAGUAUUAUUUUCAUUUUACUAUUAACCAAAUUUUAUAGCACAUAUUGUGAAGAUUUUGAUAUUGAUACAAAUGGAUAUAUUGUUUAUUGUCCUUGUAUGGGACGAUUUGGAAAUCAAGCAGAUCAUUUUUUAGGCGCUUUAGGAUUUGCAAAAGCGCUAAAUCGUACUUUAGUUUUACCACCAUGGGUUGAAUACAGAACUGGAGAAACUAGAUCUAUACAAGUCCCAUUUGACACAUAUUUUAAUGUUUCACAAGUUCAAUACUAUCAUAAAGCAUUAUUAAUGGAAGAUUUUAUACAAGAUAUUGCACCAAGAAUAUGGCAGCCUAAGGAAAGAGUAUCUUUCUGUUAUUCUGCACGUGGAAAAGGAGAUUCAUGUAAUGCUAAAGAUGGAAAUCCAUUUGGUCCAUUUUGGGAUACAUAUAAUAUAGAUUUUGUUAAGUCAGAAUUUUAUGGUCCUCUUCAUUAUGAUGUUUAUCAUACAGAUAUGGCAAUACAAUGGAAAAAACAAUAUCCUGCUUUACAUUGGCCAGUAUUAGCAUUUACAGGUGCACCUGCAAGUUUUCCUGUUCAAUUAGAAAAUAAGAGAUUACAUAAAUAUGUGGAAUGGAAUAUAGAUAUGUUGAAUAAAGCAAAAACAUUUAUAAAACAAAAAUUACCAAAAGGAGCAUUCAUAGGAAUUCAUUUACGUAAUGGAAUUGAUUGGGUUCGUGCUUGUGAAUUUAUAUCCAGCACACCAAAUCUUUUUGCUGCUCCACAAUGUCUUGGAUAUCGAAAUGAACGUGGUAAAGCAACUUCUGCUAUGUGUUUACCAUCAUUUGAUUUAAUAGUGCGUCAUCUAAAACGAGUUAUUCGGAAUGGUAGUAAUGUCAAAUCAGUAUUUGUAGCUUCUGAUAAUAAUUAUAUGAUUGAAGAACUUACUAAAGCCUUAGCACGAAUGGAAGUUCCAGUUUUUAAACAAGAUCCACCAGCAUCACCUCACUUAGAUUUAACUAUUCUUGGAAGAGCAAAUUAUUUUAUAGGAAAUUGUAUAUCUUCCUUCUCAGCUUUUGUUGCAAGAGAAAGAGAAAUUAAAGGAUAUCCUACAUUUUUUUGGGGUUUCCCCUCAGAAAAAUCUUCAUCUUAUGUUAUACAUGAAGAAUUGUAAAGUAAUUUUUAAUUACUUUCAUUAAUUCCUAUACACUCCAUUUUUAUUUAUUUAUUCAACAAUAAUAAAAUUUUAAAUGAUUUAUUUAAA